AUGCCUGCAACGGAAUCGCAGUCGGUGGCGACAAAACUGAUAGCUCCGACGACGGAAGUGGAGUUUGUGGAGUGCGAUUGUUGCGGAUUGACAGAAGAGUGCACGCCGGGAUACAUAGAGAGGAUUCGUGAAAGGUAUCAAGGAAAAUGGAUCUGCGGAUUAUGUGGAGAAGCUGUGAAAGACGAGAUCGUGAGGAACGAAAGGUUGAUCAGUACUGAAGAGGCUAUGGCGCGCCACAUGAACUUCUGUAGAACGCCGAUCUCAUCAGGUCCGCCUCCUGAUCCAACAAUUCAUUUAAUCGCCGCCAUGAAACAGAUUCUCCGGCGGAGUCUGGAUUCACCGAUCUCCGUUAGGUCUAUGCCGUGUAGUCCGACAACGAAGAACACCGAUAGUGCCGGACUUCCUCGAUCGGAGAGUUGUAUUCCGAGGCUUAGGCUUGUUGAUUCAACCUCCUGCCAUGAAUCUGAAGAAGACAGAGAACAGUCAAACCAGAUGCAAUACAUUUGA